UGCUCAAAUAUGCAAUGCUAUCAGUUUAUGCGAAAACGUAAUCGAGUGCAGUCAUGAAGUCUGCUGUGAUGAUUGCGCUUAGUUUCUUGCUAUUAAUGUCGGACCCAGCAGCAGCCAGUAAUCAGCAAAACUACGUCAUCUUGGCCCCAAAUUAUAUCAGGAAAAACACAGAUAUUGUUGUGACCGUUUCAAAUGCUGGACCAGGAUAUGCAGAGUUCGAGGUUACUCUUGAGAAAACGACGGAACUUGGGAAGAAGAAAGAGCUGAAAAGUAUCAUUUCAGUUGCAGAACGCGAUGCUACACGGCUUCGUUUUAAACAGCCAUUAUCAAGCAACAGCGAAAAAUGUAAUCUCAAAAUACAGGACACCGGAUUAAAAAACAAAGUCCAUGAGAUUGAACUCAAAGUUGUAGGGAAAACAGUUGCACUUCUAAUUCAAACUGAUAAACCCAUCUACAAACCGGGUGAUACAAUCAAAUUUCGUGUCUUAGUGCUAGACCGUAAAAUCAAACCUCUGACGACUUUGAAGAGUGUUAGAGUACAACUGAGAGACAGCAAACAAAGCCUUAUUAGGGAGUGGCCAUAUGCCAAACUGCAAAACGGUGUAUUUCAAUCUCAGCUGGAUUUGGCAAACUUCGUGGUCCUUGGGAACUGGUCGAUCACCGUAGAAGCGCUGAAUAGUGAAGUGAAGCAUAAAACCAUAGUUGUUGCUGAAUAUGUACUUCCAAAGCAUGAGAUAUUGAUAACGUAUCCUAAAUUCGCUACAUUCGAAGACAAAACGCUGCAAUUGAUAAUCGAUGCAAAAUAUACCUUUGGCAAACCUAUUAAGGGAUCUCUUUCAGUCUCGGUGGUUGACACAGAUAAGCAAAGUGAAUCUGCCAUCAACGGGAGAGCACACAUAACCAUCAGUCUUCAAGAUGUUCUCCCCAGUAAUCGUAACGUUGAGGUAUUAUGGAUUGAAGUAGCAGCCACUAUUGAAGAAUCUGUCUCAGGCCAACUCUAUGAAACGACCGAGUCGAUUCCGAUCUAUCGAAAUUCCCACAAAAUCUCUCUUCGCAAAUCAUCCGAAUAUCUCCUCCCAGACUUGCCGUUCAAAUGCUGGAUCGUUUUGACCGACCCAAUCGGUCAACCGCUGGAAAAUCCCGGGAAACUAAAAGUGGAAGCUAAUCGAAUAAUAAAAUAUUGGUUCGAUAAGAGCACUUUCGUAGAGCAAACUCCAAAUAAGGAUGGUGUUCUACCGCUCAUGUUCGACACAUCAGACUCCACGGUGCAAUUGAACAUAGCAGUUACUUAUGACGGGAAAACAACCCAUUUCACGAUAGAUCGCAUAGAUGAUCAAGACAUGAAUGCGCCAUACGUUACGGUAUCAGUACUCACUGAAACACCCAUCCUGGAUGAAUUGGUUGAUGUGCAAGUGCACAGUUCUUUUGCAAUGACGUAUUUAUUGUACCAGGUAACCGCACUAGGAGAGAUGGUCACCAGUGGUCAUAUGCUGGUAAAAAGUGAACGUAAAGCAGUUUUUCGGUUCCGGACAGCGUUCGAAAUGCUUCCCACAGCCAGUGUUGUAGUUUUUGUCGUUCAUAAUGACCAACUCUUCAGUGAUGUUGUGGAGUUCAAAGUACAGAACCUGAAUAACUAUGUGAAUUUGACACUCUCUCAAACCGAGACUGAACCAGGAAACCCUUUGAUGGUGGGUGUUAGAACCAAACCAGGAUCCAUGAUUGGACUGCUUGGAAUAGACAAAAGUGUACUCUUGCUCGGUAGCGGAAAUGAUAUCACCAAAGAGACUCUGUUUGAUGAGCUUCAGAGUUUUGGGUCUGAAAUCCAAGAUCACGACAAGUUCAAGCGUUUAGGAUUUUCCGUUUUCACUAAUGCUCAUGUGAAACCGGAAGUUGACGAACUGCCCGCUGUUUUAUUGGACACUCGUUUCGGUUUUGAUGAUGAAGAUGAACAACAGUAUGCACCAACCAACCUCAUUAUCCGGAAAGACUUCCCGGAAACCUGGCUAUGGACAGAUAUGAUCUCAGUCGACGAUGAUGGAGAAUUGACAAUAAACGACAUCGUCCCGGACUCAAUAACUAGCUGGUCGAUUAGUGCUUUUUCGAUCAACAGCGAGCACGGUCUGGGCAUCCUUGAUCGACCGGUUUCGCUGAUCGUGCUGAAACCAUUUUUCAUCACCGUCAACGUGGCUUAUUCGAUAAUUAAAACUGAAAUUGCGCUGGUCGAAGUGUUCGUUUUCAAUUACAUGGAACAGGCACAGGAAGCGACAAUCAGACUUACGAAUGACCGAGGUGAAUUCCAGUUUGCGGACGAACAGAAUCAAACGACGGCUGAAUUGCAACAACUGCGUACAGCUGCGAUACCUGCGUCGAACGUUGCGAAGGUAACGUUUUUACUAAAGCCUUUGAAAACCGGUGACCUCGUCAUCACGGUGAUAGCGGAGACCGCUACCAGAAAGGAUGCCGUCGAACAAAUUCUCAAAGUAACCUCUGGAGGACUCCAGUACUACCGUAACACGGCACGUUACAUCGAAGUGGACAAUUCUUCACAGCGUUUCGAAAACAUAAGGUUGAUAAUACCGCAUGCAGUGACGGUCGGUUCCGAGGAAAUAAUCUUCUCUGUAGAGGGUAUGCUGCUAGGAGCGGCCCUGCGAAACCUAGGGAAUUUGAUCCGUCUGCCAUCUGGAUGUGGAGAACAGAAUAUGCUCAAGUUGGUUCCGAGUGUGCUUGCUCUGGAAUAUAUGAGUAGCACUGACACAUUAGAUCCAUCAAUCGAACAUAAGGCGUUAGAUUAUUUGAAGCGAGGCUAUCAGAAUCAAUUGAAAUACAAACUAGAUGACGGCUCGUUUAGCGUUUUCGGUAAAAGAGAUGGCAAAGGGAGCGUGUUUUUAACAGCAUUCGUUGCAAGCACCUUCCGUCUAGUAGGAAAUCACAUAAACGUUGACGAUAAAAUCGUAAAGACGGCUUACAACUGGGUGGAGAAGCAACAGGGUUCCGAUGGAAAAUUCAGUGAGCUGGGAAAGAUAUAUCACCGUGGAAUACAGGGAGGUAUAAGCGGUGGUGUUUCAUUAACGGCCUAUACAUUGAUCGCCUUUUUGGAGCAUAAGAAUACUGUCCAGAAAUAUAAAUCAGUUAUUGAUAAAGGAACCGCGUUUAUCUCUAACAAAAUUCAUCAGUUGAACAACCCGUAUGAACUAUCUUUAGUAGCAUAUGCACUCCAAUUGGCAAAACAUCCUCAAAGGCAACAUCCUCUCGAUAAACUUCUUGAGCUGUCCAAAAGAGAUAGCAAUUUAACUAUGCGUUGGUGGGACAGUGGACCAACCAGCAUAGAAACCACUGGUUAUGCAUUGUUAACGUACAUCAGCUUGGGAAUGUAUGUUGACGCAGAGCCUAUCAUGAGGUGGCUUGUCUCUCAACGCUACGAUAAAGGUGGAUACGAUAACACUCAAAAUACUUACGUUGGUCUACACGCUCUAGCGGAAUACUCCCGAAAACUAUCGGUUUCACGAAAUAACUAUGAAAUUGCUGUGUCUUAUGGAUCCGAAAAGCCUGCACUCGUUCGUGUGGAUGCCAAGUCUUCGAUGACAACCCAAAAUCUAUCGUUGCCAAGCUACGUGAGAGACGUCGAUGUAAUGAUCACAGGAACAGGUACGGGUGUGUUCCAGAUAGCCUAUCAGUACAAUUUGAUAGCUUCAGAUGACGAACCGCGGUUCCGGAUCAACAACACAAUAAAAACCAACACGGAAAGCACCAUAAGCAUGAUAAUUUGUGCUCGAUUUAAGCCAAAAAGCGUGUAUGAGGUAACCAACAUGGUGCUCAUGGAAGUUUUAUUCCCCAGCGGCUAUGUCAUUUUGGAUCGAACUCUUACUCAACUAGGGAAAGUCGCUGAUGUUCGUAAAUUAGAAACUAAACGAGAUGACACGAUGCUGGUACUAUAUUUCGAUCCACUACCAGCUGAGAAAACGAUUUGUGUGGACGUUUCCGGAUUCCGAAAAGCAAUCGUUCUGGGACAAAUAUCCGGCUGGGUGAAGGUUUAUGACUAUUAUGAUCCCACGCGCGAGGCUUUUGAAUAUUUCGACGGAGCUACGGCCGGAACAUAAAAUACAACAGCCAGAGGAUGAAAUUGGUCUGAUAAAUGAAGAAAUUAUACAGAUAUUCCAAAAACUUACGUAAUUCUGUAAUAAUACACUCCAGAGAUAUGUAGAUUAGAAAAUGAGCUUCUCUCUGAUUAACUGACUCAUGGAUUUUGACACAAAAACACACAUUCAGGCUCAGUGGCGUAGCGUGACCUGGGCGUAGGUGUCAUCCUUCCAAUUAAAUUUUGUUAUCAAGCUUUUGUUUUCAUUCUCUAAUGAAAAAUCAAAUUUACUCAUCCAAGAAACCUAAAUUUGAGAUUGAUUAUAAUUAAUAAAACGGGUGAUUUUAUAA